AUGUCAUUUAUGCGUGUGGCCACGCCCACGCACCCUUCAGCGCUCUGUUUUGACAUCUUCGCCUCAGCUUCAGCAGCAGCAUCCCGAGCAUCCCUUCAUGCGCUCUCUGGGCACUGAGGAGGUGGAGGUGGAGGCGGGUGUCUCUCGCUCUUUCUGUCUCUCUCUCUCGCUCUCUAUCGUUUCAGCCAUUUUACUAUUAACCCGUGUAGCCGGUAAGCGGGACUGUCACCCAAAUAUCAGAUCGCACCAUUUCUCGCUGUUUUGAAGGGAAGCAUCACCACCGGGAUGUCGAGUCUGCUGGAGAACCCUCUGCAGGCGGUGCUCUACCUGAAGGAGCUCACCGCCAUCGUGCAGAACCAGCAGAGUCUCAUCCAGACCCAACGAUACCGGAUCGACAUUCUCGAGCGCCGGCUGGAAAAUCUAGCGGUUGAGAAUCGGCAGCUGCAGGAAUCGAGCAGUCAUCAACACCGGCACCCUCCACGCAAUCAUCCGCCUUCGCCACCCAGGACCAGCCCGACCAGCAGAGACGGGACGCCCUCCAUUCCAUCCCAGAGCCAGCAGCACCAUUCCCCGCAGGAUAUGCAGCUUGUGCCCGCUGGACCCAGCAAUGCCAGUCCGGACUCUCUCGAUGAAGAUGGUGCUCAGGACCCCUGCUGUCGGUCACUGGUCCCACAGACACCUGCCACCCUGUGUCGAGCAGUGGGACUCUCACGUUCAUCCGAGAGUCAGACGGUCCUGCAUCAGUUCUGCUGUCCAGCACCAGAAGCCCCUGAAGGAGACUCCGUAACGUGCUCCAGCUCGACUCCUGCCAUAGAGGAAAAGAAAGAGGAGAAAAAAGACAUUCAGCCUGACGUGCCUCCCUGCUCACAUCAUCCAGAAUAUGAGCUCUCUCCUGAUCUCAAUCAAAACCAGAUAGAGGAGUUGGAACAAAAAUAUGGUGGUCCUCUAAUUUCUCGGCGAGCGGCCUGCAAGAUCCAGACCGCGUUUCGUCAGUACCAGCUCAGUAAGAACUUCCAGAAGAUUCGUGACUCCGUUCUGGAGAGUGGGAUUCCACGGCGUAUGUCAGUGCGCAGGGUUCGGGUACAGAGGGGCAGUUUCUCUGCUGAACGGGCACUGAUGGAUGGCUGUUCUCUCAUGGGCAUCCCACUCACACACUCCGCAUCAUUGCCGGUGGGCACUGCAGCUACGCUCACACACCUGGAGGACACAUUCACUGAACAGGUGGAGUCAUUAGCAAGAUCCAUUGACGAGGCUUUGAGCAGCUGGAGUGCUGUGCGGGAUGGGGAAGGAGAGAAGUCUUCUGCAGCUCCGCCCUCUGGAUCUCAUCCUGAGGGUCUACUGACGGACCCCUGCACACUACCGGAGGCCACACAGAGCAGCUGUGGAGAGAACAUUCCCCGCAGCGCCAGCAAACUCAUGAUGGCUUUCAGAGAUGUGACUGUUCAAAUUGACAACCGUAACUUUCGCCUCUCCUCAUCUAUGCUGGAGUCAGUUUCCCUUGGUAACGGCAUAUCCAAGGAGACCAGCUCAGAAGCCCAAAAGGGGGAGUGGACCACAAGCCAGUCUGAAUCCUCGGUCACAGUUGAGCCUGAGUUUCCACCUCCGCCACCCAGUGAGGAAGAGAAGGAGAAUCAACAGCCAACUGGACCGGACGGACUGACCACAGGGGCGGGGCAAGAGGGGAAACAAACCAAUCAGAUUGUAUCUGAAAUGGCUGAAAACAGUUCUGAGCCCGUCAGUAGUAGCAGCACCUCUACAUCAGCGUGUGAGACGAUGAUCCUAUCUUUGCCCCGCCCACACUGCCAGGACACACCCUGCGGCACCCUCUCGACAGAUAUUGCACGCAAGCGUCUCUAUCGCAUUGGACUAAACCUCUUCAAUGUCAAUCCAGACAAAGGCAAUCAGUUCCUGAUAUCCAGGGGCUUCAUUCCAGACACGGCCAUUGGUGUGGCUCACUUCCUUUUGCAGAGGAAGGGCUUGAGCCGACAGAUGAUUGGAGAGUUUCUGGGGAACAGCAAGAGACAAUUCAACAGAGAUGUCUUAGACUGUGUGGUGGAUGAGAUGGAUUUUUCUAUGCUGGAGCUGGAUGAAGCAUUAAGAAAGUUUCAGGCUCAUGUGAGGGUGCAAGGAGAGGCUCAGAAAGUCGAGAGACUCAUUGAAGCAUUCAGUCAGAGGUAUUGUAUGUGUAACCCUGAUGUGGUGCAACAGUUCCACAACCCCGACACCAUCUUCAUCCUGGCCUUCGCUAUUGUACUGCUCAACACAGACAUGUACAGUCCCAACAUCAAACAAGAGCGCAAGAUGCUGCUGGAAGAUUUCAUUCGCAACCUACGAGGAGUGGACGAUGGAGCGGAUAUUCCGCGGGAGAUGCUAGCUGGGAUUUACGAACGGAUCCAGCAGAGGGAGCUGCGAUCCAAUGAAGAUCACGUGACCUACGUUACCAGAGUGGAGCAAAGCAUUCUUGGAAUGAAGACGAUACUGUCGGUUCCUCAUCGCAGGCUGGUAUGCUGCAGUCGACUCUAUGAGGUCACUGAUGUAAAUAAACCACAGAAACAAGCGUCACAUCAAAGGGAGGUGUUCCUCUUUAAUGACCUGAUAGUGAUCCUAAAGCUGUGUCCGAAGAAGAAAACCGCCGCCACAUAUACGUUCUGCAAAGCCAUGGGGUUACUGGGAAUGCAGUUCCAUCUGUUUGAGAAUGAGUAUUACCCUCAUGGAAUCACAAUAUUGUCUCCGUUCUCGUCGGAGAAGAAGCAGGUGGUGAGCUUCUGUUCUCCGAGCGCUGAGGAGCUGCUCAAGUUUGUGGAGGACCUGAGAGAGAGCAUCAUAGAGGUGGCAGAGAUGGAACAAAUUCGGAUUGAGUGGGAACUGGAAAGACAACAGAUCGUUAGAAAUGAAAUGAACAAGAACGGCACACAGCUAGACAUCCACCCUGGACCCAGUUCUGCUGCAGGGGAUGAUUUUUACCAAAAAACAGGAAGCAACACGGUAGAGGUGUCAAUUCACAACAGGCUUCAAACGUACCAACUCAGCUCUGCUCGUGCCCCACCCAGCGCUCAGCAACACCUGGCCGCCCUGCCUAGCCCUGCUCCUGGCUCCCUCACCAUCUCACCUGAAACCCUCAUCCAAUGCCAGCAGAUCGUAAAGGUGAUCGUCGUCGACGCCGCCGGCCGUGGCCACGUGGAGGCGUUCCUCAGCCACAACCCCGCCCAUCGCCUCAUCCAAUCAGCCGUGUCAACGCCCACCAGGUCUCGGGAGGACGGCAAGCAGCAGCCGCCCCUCCCUCCUCCCCCGCCUCCUUAUUAUCACCCGCAUCAGUUUUGCCCUCCGACCCCUCCACCACCACGCCACCUGCUGAGUCAACGCAGGUACUCCAGUGGGACACGCAGCCUAGUCUGAGAACAUAUACGUACAUAUAUUGAUGUGUUUACACUUGUUAAAGGAGCAGCACACCCAAAAUGAACAUCCUGUUUGCAUUUACUCACCCUUGUGUCAUUCAAAUCUGUAUGCUGCUGGGGGGUUUUCUGUGGAUUACGUUUAUGGUGUUUUUUAUCUUUUUUUUUGCCCCUUUUGGAGCUUAACAAACUCUAUGAACUGCCAUUGCAUGAAAAUUAUUCACAAAUUCUCCUUUUGAGUUUCACUGUAAAACAAAAUACUGAAAAUGUUUUGAAAUGACAUGAGGGUGAGUAAAUGACAGUAUUUAAAUUUGGUAACACUUUAUUUUGAUGGUCCCAAGUAGAUAUUUAACUGAAUAAAAGUGACUAUUUAACUGACUAUAAGUGACUUAUCAACUGGCUUGCUAUAGCUAGUAAACAGCGUUUCAACAUACACUAAAUACACUAUCAAAAGCCUGUAUUACAGCAGCAAAAUAUCAGCUUAUCAACUGACUUGCUAUAGCUGGUAAACAGUGUUUCAACAAACACUCAGUAGACAAUCAAUAGCCUGUAUAACAGCAGCAAAAUAACAGCUUAUCAACUGACUUGCUAUAGCUGGUAAACAGUGUUUCAACAAACACUCAGUAGACUAUCAAUAGCCUGUAUAACAGCAGCAAAAUAUCAGCUUAUCAACUGACUUGCUAUAGCUGGUAAACAGUGUUUCAACAAACACUCAGUAGACUAUCAAUAGCCUGUAUAAUAGCAGCAAAAUAACAGCUUAUCAACUGGUUUGCUAUAGCUGGUAAACAGUGUUUCAACAACCACUCAGUAGACUAUCAAUAGCCUGUAUAACAGCAGCAAAAUAUCAGCUUAUCAACUGACUUGCUAUAGCUGGUAAACAGCGUUUAAAAAAACAUGCAGUAGACUAUAAAAAGCCUGUAUAACAGCAGCAAAAUAACAGCUUAUCAACUGACUUGCUAUAGCUAGUAAACAGUGUUUCAACACCCGUUCAGUAGACUAUCAAUAGUCUGUAUAACAGCAGGAAAAUAUCAGCUUAUCAACUGACUUGCUAUAGCUGGUAAACAGCGUUUAAAAAAACACACAGUAGACUAUAAAAAGCCUGUAUAACAGCAGCAAAAUAACAGCUUAUCAACUGACUUGCUAUGCUGUUAAACAGUGUUUCAACAGCCAUUCAGUAGACUAUCAAUAGUCUGUAUAACAGCAGCAAAAUAACAGCUUAUCAACUGACUUGCUAUAGCUGGUAAACAGUGUUUCAACAAACAUUCAGUAGACCAUCAAUAGUCUGUAUAACAGCAGCAAAAUAUCAGCUUAUCAACUGACUUGCUAUAGCUAGUAAACAGUGUUUCAACAAACACUCAGUAGACUAUCAAUAGCCUGUAUAACAGCAGCAAAAUAUCAGCUUAUGAACUGGUUUGCUAUAGCUGGUAAACAGUGUUUCAACAAACACUCAGUAGACUAUCAAUAGCCUGUAUAACAGCAGCAAAAUAUCAGCUUAUCAACUGACUAGCUAUUGCUGGUAAACAGUGCUAUAUAGAUUUAUAAUAGCAUGUAUAACAGCAAAAUAAGAGCUUAUCAACUGACAUGCUAUAGCUAGUAAACAGGGUUUCAACAAACAUUCAGUAGAUUUUCAGUAGCCUGUUUAUACAGUAUAUCUUUAAUAAUAACCUAUAAUGAACUGAUGUUCUCAACAAUAAUGAAAGUAGGUCAUUAAUAGAGAACUAUUUACAGGCUACUGAAAGUCUCCUGAAUGUUGGUUGAAACACUGUUUACUAGCUAUAGCAGUUGAUAUGUCACUUAUAGUAAGUUAAACAUCUACUUUGGACCAUCAAAAUAAAGUUACCUUAAAUUUUCAGGUGAACUACUGUACUGUUUGAACUAGACUAUAUUGUACACAAUUUAAAAUGAACAAAUCAGCACAAACAGUUCAUAAAAAGGCACAUAUAUCAAAAGAAGCCACACUUAUAACUGUUGGGUCCUCAUGGCCUUAAAGUGAGUCUUUAAAGUGAGUAGUGUUUGUGUGAACAAACUCUUUGCGUGUUCAUCAUAUCCUCCUAAUAAAAAGUGUUUAUAUAUUUCGAUUUUCCUCCUCUAACACCCAUUGUGUGUUGCCCCUGAUCUGAAUGAAAAUAGAUGAUGAAUUCAGAUUUAUUAUCAUUUUGAAAAGGGUCGAUAGAAGAGUGUAGAGGGCGUGCUUAUGGCAAAUUUCUGUUCCUAGACAUCACUUUAAAAUAACGUUGGCAAUUAUGUAUUAUGUACUAUCAUAUUUCGUAUGGAAAUUGAAAACCACCACUCUCUUUCAAAGUUUUCCGUUCACAUUUUCUUCCCCAGUUUUGUGGGCAAAAUUAAGCAAAAUUUAAACAACUUGGUUGGAUGAGAGCAGGGCCUCAAGUACCCCAUGAUUUAAACCAUGAUCAAUGGAAACAUGCAAAUGCUUCACGCUUCAACCCCACCUCCAAAUCUACGCCCUUGGAUGAGACAAACCCGGACAGUGAUUCAAUUGCUGGAAUAAGUCACUUUAGUUGUUCUCUAUUUGGCAUUUCUACAGAUCAUGUGAGCUCCACGGUCUGUACUACCAUUGGUAGUUUCUAUAUCGCAUCACUGCUCAUUUGCAUAAAUUGAAUCCUGCUCAAUUUUGUUGCAUCACCAGCGGUCACAUUCAAUAUCCUAAAAUCGCUAACUCUCAUUGAAACGUAAUGACUUCCAGUCACCAAAAGGUUUUUCAUGAGAGUUAGGUCAGACCUCUUACUUGGGCACUCAAGGAUUUGUAACUCAUUUUGAUCUGGGUUGAGCCGUACAUCUUGUACUUAAUAAGGCUAUUGACUGCCCUGUCUGAUCAUUAAUCCCUUUAAAAUGCUUGUAGACCCCGAUCCUGACUUGUUUCUCGCCACAAUCGAAUUUCGAUGUCUUCAUGAAAGCACUUUUCUGCCUAUUGUGAGUUUCUAAUCUGCUUUGAUAUCCACAUCCAAGUGCUUUAUCGAUCUGUUAAGCAUUCUAUAAUGACUGAUUUAAUGAAAGUUAUCGUGUUCCCAUUAUUUAUUUUCACUUAGAUAAUGUGGGUUGUUUUGAGUGUAAAUAUAUGGAGCAUAUUUUAGAGUCAUAGAAAAACUUGACAUUAUGAAAGAGGGUGGUGACAUUUUGUGUCUGUAAUAAAGGCAGGGGGGAGUUUUAACCCCCUAAUCAUUGCAAAUCCACCUUUUUUUUAAUUGUGUCGGUUUGUAUAGAGUGACUCUGUAGUGUGUAACUGUGAUCAAACCUGGUGCUCAGGUAGCUUCAUGUGAUAACCAGGUGCACAUUCAAACUCUGAGAAAAUAUCAAAUGUUAUAUACUACAAGGCUAUGACUGAGAAAUUGUAUAUUUUUAAACCGUAUCACUUAAAAUGUUUGUUUAUCGAAACUGUUAUGUUGAAUAAUCUUUGAAAAUGCCUUUGUGUUUUAAAAUGAUCUGGUGAAUUAUGUUUGUGUUUGCCACUUACAACAAUGUUUUCUGUAUUGCAUGUUAUAAUAGUUUCAUAUGUUUCAUAUGUGCAGAUAUCUAUAAAGAGCUUUUAUUGGGAGUAUAUUUAAGAUGCACAAACUCUAAUAUUUAUGUUUUUAUUUUCUUCGUUGGGGUUUACAAUCACAAAACUAGUUUUUCAUUAUAUUAUCUGCAUAUUUGUUUUUCCAAGGCAUUAUUGGAAAUGAUGUCAUUCUGUGCUUAGACACAGACAAAUUACAGAAAAGUAGCAAAAAAUAAAAAAAUAAAAGAAAUGCAUUUAUAAAUCUUUAUACAUUUAUUCAUACAAAGUAGUAGAAUGAAAAGCUUUAUUGUAUAGUUUGCACAGCUGUGAUUUUAGAUGCAUUAAGAUCAAAUACAGACUUUUCUUCAUGGACACCUGCUCAGAUAUGUUUCUGGCACCGUUGAAUUCAUGCAACCUCUUCUACCGCACUAGUAGGAGUCCGAAGUUAUUAUUUUGCAAUGUUAGAUUAGUAGUUAGCAACACGUAUGCUUCUGAGAAUGCAACAUAUUUAUUUGAACCCAGAGAGGGGUCAUUUUCCGACCCGCACUUAUUUUUGUAAAUAUGUUCCAGAAAUUCCAUCCUGAAAACUCAUAACACCCAUUCGGCUCCAAAUGAAACAUUUCGGCUCAAAUGCAAAAUCUUUGUCAAUUAAAAAAAAAGACAACGGAGAGAGAACAAAAAUGGUGUGUCAGAAGAAGAUGACCUCACACCCCGUCUAUUAGAUUUGUAUGAUUUAUAUUUGUAUUGAGCACUGUUGUGAAGUUUUAUAUAGUGUAAAGUCACUUGAUACACUCAUAUUCUGUAUAUGCAAUGUCACGCAACCAUAGCUCAACGAUUAUUAAACAUGCA